CGGAGCAGCGCUAAUGGCGGAGAGCGUGCGGUCGCCGUUUGACUACCGGGAGCCCCCUACUCUCGACAGCGACGGGGAUGGAAGCAAGCCGCCGCCACCGCGCGGGCGCGUGUGUGGCAGGAAGAGGAAGGGGACGCCGGUGAAGGUGUGUGACCGUGCAGCAUAUGUGACGGAGGAUGAGGAGGAGAGUCUGUCUGAACACAGUUACAGCCCAGGGGACGAGCGGUAUCCAGAGGGCGCUGAAGACCGACUCCCUCCGCCGGGCAGCCCGUUCUACCUCACUGACCCCUCACAGCUCUGUGUACCUGAGCUCGAUGAAGAGGGUGCGAGUGGCGUCCGCGGUCCUGUGCUUUUCCACCCGCCACCCAACUGCAGGAUUAGAGAGGUGCAUUGUGGGAGUCAAGUGCGGCUUGUCGUCAUAGCAAUUCGAGACAUUGCCAAAGGCGAGGAGAUCACCGUGGACUACAGCCUGACCGACUGGGGAGAAAAUGCCAUGGGUUUCCAUAGUUCAGUGUCUCCACGUGAAUUUGAAUGUGGAUUCAACCCAGAAAGUAACAUUAAGAAGGAGGAGGAUCCAGGCUCGCUCCCACUCUCUCUCACCGUUUCUGACUACCUCACUCCAUCAUGGUCCCUCUCCCCCUCCUCCUCGCCGCAGUCUCAUUCUGAGGCCAGCGACUCGGACCGCGAGGAGGACGAAGAGGAGGAAGACGACGAUGAUGACGACGAUGAUGAAGACCUAGAGGAACUGCGCGGCCGAAUGAUGACACGGCGUAAAAAACGGAAAACCUCAGCGAGCGUCAAGAAAAAGGCCACGCCCAGGGCCCAGCCCCGCCCACUGUCGUUCACUCGCCCCGACCCUUCCUCUCCCUCCCCCUUCCAGCAGCCUCUGGCCCCGCCCACGACUAACAUAAACAAUAAUAUAAACAUAAACAUUGGGCAUGGCGCAAGCGGCACGCUAUCCCGUCAACAGCACUGCCCGUACUGCGGCCGGCAUUUCCGCUCGCUCGCGCGCCAUCUUGAGAAACACCACGACCAGCAGCCUGAUGUGCGAGCCGCCAUGGAACUGUCGCACCACAAUGCGCAAUCCCCACACACACCGACUGCCACCUCGCAUGUGUUUUCAUCGCCAGCACAACCUCCAUCAACUGCGGGACCGUCACUGUUUUCCCGGGAACGUGAUUCUGUGUCUUCGCCGUCUAAAUCCGGUGCCGUCUCGUUUUCGCUCUCCCUGUCGCCACCUACUUCUUCGAAUAACUCUAAAAAGACCUGCCCCUCCUUCUCGACGACUAAGAAGGCCACAGCGCCCGUUGCCAGCACCGUCAGCAAAAGCUCGCCUGUUACGCCCAAGCCUCCUGCCAGGAGAGGGCGCCCUCCAAAGAAAGAAAAGGAGGAGCAACUGAAGAAACAGGAGGAGCUGGAGCGAGCCAAAGAAGAGGCUCCUCCUACUCCAGGUCAAGAGCAGGAUGAGGAAGAUGAUGAAGAGGAGAAUGAGUUAGACAUGAAAGAAGAAGGGAGUGUAGACGAGAAGAACGGUGAGAUGGAGAGCUCUCAUCAAUCACACAUGCCUCCUCUCCUCUCCUCGCUUUCUACACUGGUUCUAUACCUCCGUCAGCAGCAGCACUCCUCUUUUCUCUCACUUUCUCGUUCGUCCGGCUUGGCAGAGUCGUGGCGUUUGCUGUGCCACUCCAGUUUGGCUCUUCUCAUCUUGUACAACCGUCAUCGCGAGUGCGAGGUCGCCAAACUCACCAUUCAAGACUACCGCGACCGCUCCACACCCUCAUCAAACUCCGUCUCCCUGCUGGAGUCGUCGCUUUCUCCUUUCGAACGCCACGUCCUCUGCCACCUCCCCCGGGUGGGCGUACUGGGCAAACGCAGUCGUGUUCAACCCCUCAUUCUUCCGCCCCAUUCCGAAGCUUGUCUGGAGCUUCUCAUCAAGACCUCCGCGGAUGUGGGUGUCGAUCCGGAGAGCCCAUAUGUCUUUUCGCGACCAUACCACUCUCCCGCCACGCCGCUCCGCGGUACGGACCUUCUCCGAGGAUUGGCACGCACUAGCGGCGCUAAAAACCCCACGGCGCUCACCGCGCCCCGUGCUCGCCGCCAGGUAGCGAUCCUCACCCAACUGCUAUUGCUGGAGGAGGGCGAGAAGCCCGCGGGUGCAGCCGUGAAGCGAUUGGAAGAUUUUCUUCAAAGGGAGUACCAUGUGACACAAAGCUGCACACGGAUUGGUCAGGACCCGGCGCUGAUGAGUCGUGUGGGACGGGUGGUGUUGUACGGAGAGCGAGACGGAGUGCUGUUCAAAGGGAUGAGUCUACAACACAUCUGUCUCGAACUGGAUGUGAUGUCGGGGAACUCUGCCGACUCUUUCUCUGAUGAUUCUGAUAAAGAGGGUGGGAAGAAUAAAGAGAGAGCUGAAGUAGGGAAGAAGAGAGGAUGCAGCGCUCGAAGGCCGCUGCCCAAGAAGAGAAGCAGCCCACACCUGUUACCGGCCACGCCCACUCCUCCAGGUGUACUCAAGAGGCGGAGCUCCCAGGUCAAGUCAGGUAAACGUGGCGUUCUGAAGCGGCCGUGGUCGGAAGCAGAGCGGGAUGCUGUGGAGACUCACCUGAAGCGGAAUAUCAUGGAAUUGCGUGUUCCUGCUAAAGCGGACUGUGAGCGGUGUUUGCAGCACUGCCCCCUGCUGGUCACCAACCAGCGUGACUGGAGGGCCAUUAAAUUCUACUGCCACAACCGCAUUCAGCUGCUGAAGAAGCAGGGACGCAGAGAAGUCAACGGUGCAACCGUCUGUUAACUACAGUAACAACACACACACACACACACACACACACAAAGAAAAAUUCAGUCAUCAUUUAUUCACCCUCAUGUUCCAAACCCAUUGGCAUGAUGCUGAAUACAUUUUUGGUUAAACUUUUCCUUUAAGCUACUGCAGAGUGCGAUGACGGCGUGUGACGCACACAAACACUUUCCACAUUCCUAUGUGUGAGUAUUACUCUGGAUGCUUCAGUUUUAACAGAAGAUCUUUCAAACUAUUAAACUUUUCAAACAUGAACCUCCAGCGUUGCUGAUCCUUUCUGGACGGACUGUAAGCGACACUCAUUUCAGUUUCAUUUGUGUGUGUACGUGUUCCAGUAUUCAUAUUCAAACUGCAGCUCAAAAAUGCAGCAAUGAACUGGUGCAAAUAUUGUGAAGUUAUUCCUGAACUAUUUCAUUUCUAUAUGAAAAUUUUUCAUUUGAAUCUUGCUGUUGGACUGCCGUGAUGCAAGCGGACCAUUUUUACUCCACUAAUAGCUGACGGUGUUAAACGGUGUUUCACUAUUCGGGACCAGCUUCACUUCAGUGAGGCUCAUUGUCAGACUGAUUCUGAGUCAAUCUAAAUGGUCUGUUCAAGACUUUUGACCUCUGUAGAUCUGAUACUGUUAUGUGAAUCUUAUGAAAACAUGUCCAUAUUUCACCUCAAAGCCAAAAGUAAAAACUGACAUUUGUGUAAUACAAAAAUACCUAUUUUUUAAACAAUUAUAGUAAAACAUAUUGUAAUGCAAUCAUUUAAAACAGUAAAUAAGGACUGUAAAGAAAAUGUCCUGAUCGUAUUUUGCUCCGAAAAACUAAAAUGAAAUUCUACUUUGCUUGCAGAAAAAUUAAGCCUGUUUUUUAUUUUUAUUUAUUUUUUUUUUUUUUACAUUGUGACAUUAUUUUCGCAACUUUUACCUCAAUUCUCAUUACUAAUUCAUUUUCACUGAUUAAAUUUUUUUAGAAAUCAUUGUAGAACAGCAUCUUUUGACUUGUGUGUUACGGUAAUGAGAGUGGAAAUAAAACGUCCGGAUGUGUUACGGUAAUGUGAACUGUCAUUAAAAACAAUCGGAAAAGUACAAAUAAAACAUCCGGAUGUGUUACGGGAAUGCGAACUGUCAUUAAAAACAAUCGGAAAAGUACAAAUAAAACGUCUGGAUGUGUUACGGUAAUGUGAACCGUCAUUAAAAACAAUCAGAUGUGUUACGGUAAUGUGAACUGUCAUUAAAAACAAUCGGAAAAGUACAAAUAAAACGUCCGGAUGUGUUACGGUAAUGUGAACCGUCAUUAAAAACAAUCGGAAAAGUACAAAUAAAACGUCCGGAUGUGUUACGGUAAUGUGAACCGUCAUUAAAAACAAUCGGAUGUGUUACGGUAAUGCGAACCGUCAUUAAAAACAUUCGGAAAAGUACAAAUAAAACGUCCGGAUGUGUUACGGUAAUGUGAACCGUCAUUAAAAACAAUCGGAAAAGUACAAAUAAAACGUCCGGAUGUGUUACCGUAAUGUGAGCCGUCAUUUAAAAACAAUCGGAAAAGUACAAAUAAAACGUCCGGAUGUGUUACCGUAAUGUGAACCGUCAUUUAAAAACAAUCGGAAAAGUACAAAUAAAACGUCCGGAUGUGUUACGGUAAUGCGAACCGUCAUUAAAAACAUUCGGAAAAGUACAAAUAAAACGUCCGGAUGUGUUACGGUAAUGUGAACCGUCAUUAAAAACAAUCGGAAAAGUACAAAUAAAACGUCCGGAUGUGUUACCGUAAUGUGAACCGUCAUUUAAAAACAAUCGGAAAAGUACAAAUAAAACGUCCGGAUGUGUUACGGUAAUGUGAACCGUCAUUAAAAACAAUCUGAAAAGUACAAAUAAAACGUCCGGAUGUGUUACCGUAAUGUGAACCGUCAUUUAAAAACAAUCGGAAAAGUACAAAUAAAACGUCCGGAUGUGUUACGGUAAUGAGAGUUUGGCCGUAAAAUGUGCUUAAGUGUUCUGACAAUAAUCUCACAAUCCCCAAAAUCUUAAUGGUCCUAAAUGUAGGCUUCAUUUUCUUCAUGCAGAAUAUAUUGUAUUGAUUUGAGGUUAAAUAUGAAAAGGACAUUUUCUUGACAGGUUUCGUGAGAAAUAAUUAAAUAACUGACAAUGUAAAAUAAUCUGUUUUCACAUUACAGUGAUGAGAAUACAGUUUUUUUUUUUCCAGUGCAUUACAGUGAUGAGAAUUUAGGGGGGAAAUGAAUGUGCGUAUUUGUCAUAAAGAUUCUUUUGCUUUGUGACAUUUUUAUGACCCUAAAAUUAGACUUGUGUUUCCUCACGCAAAAAAACAAAACUAAUUUAUUUUCUUUGAUUUUGGAGUAAAAUACAACCUGGAGUGAUUCACUCAUCUGUGCAUUUAACUAAACAGUUUGAUGACUUCAUUUUUGUUUUAUUAUUGUACAUAUGUUCAUGGUUUGCAAAGACACAAAUAAGCAGCUGAUAUAAACAACAAACUCAAGUGACCCUCCGCCUUAAAAACAAUUCUGACCAAUCUGACCCGGAUUACUGUCACCGUCCUCCAUAUAAUCUGACGAGCUGUUGCUCUUUUCUAAUGUCAGUCUGUGGGAGUCCUGUGUGUUUGGAGAGUUUUAAACAGAAUUUCACAGAAAUUAAUACGGUAAAAUGUUGUUACUGUGACGUUUCUGUUCUGAUUCACAGUCUCUUGAUUUUCAAUAAUGUUGCCGCAUAAUUGAACAAUUUCUUGAAAAUGCAUUAAAAUUUCACCUAAUGUUUUAAUGCUUUAUGAGCACAUUUUACUCGACUUUACGAUAAAAAGUGGGCGGAGCUUAUCGAAGGGUCUUUUGCAUAUUUCAGCAGAACUUGAUCAUUUCAGUUCGACACAGAAAAUGUGUUUUUACAGUCGUUGAGUUUUGAGAUGAACCAAUCACAAAGUUUAUUCCGUUUAUUCUCCCCUGUGCCAACAGAACAAACCUGUUUUAACUGUAAAUUCCCCUUUUUAUCUUUACAGUUCUCUAAUGUAUAUCCAGUGUACACUGAUGUAUCGUCAUGAUGAUAUUAGACAUUAGAAAUGGUUAUGUGAGACAUUCUGUACAUUCUGUAAAUACUGACUUCAUCUUAAAGUUGUUUUCUUAAAUGCUGUUGUAAACGUCUAUCAGAUUUUAGAAAGAUGCUAUAGAGGUUAAUGUCACAUCACAAAACAAGAAAAAGCAUCUUUUAUUCCCAUUUCACAUUGUCAAGUCCUUUAUUAAAAUACAAACAGGUGAAAACAAUAA